CCUCACCCAGUCAACAGAUAUUCACAAUGUUCGUCGUCGUCUUUGAAUCAACCGCCCCGGCCGAGGUGUCAACCAUCGCCGAAACCUACUAUGCAAAACUGGAACCAAUCCUCAAGACGUAUUCGGGAUUUAUCCAAGAGCUAUCCUUCAGCUCGCCCGAGGACCCUAAUAGCGGUGUGACGAUUGCUCGCUUCGAAAACGAGGAGGCGGCGGUUCGAUGGCGCAAUGACCCGACGCACUUGAGAAUUCAAAAGGCUUCGCGAGAAAAGGUCUAUUCUCAUUAUAGAAUCCGAGCGGGAAAUGUCAUUGUCCCCAGCAAAGCGCAGAGUCCUGAGGCGAAGAUUCCGGAACGUAUUCUAGUAUUGCUCGAACAGCCGAAAACGAUAGUUACGCCUUUAAAGGCAGUGGAUCUGGGUGCCGAUAUUGGGCACGGUGUUACGGAAUUUGUAACAUACGCGUCAGAUGACGUAUUUGUUCAUAUAGUUGGGUUGAAAUCUAGAGAGGCAGCAAGCCUCUUGGCGGACUCGGAAUCGAUAGCUUCAUGUUCCUCGACCUCCAUCAUAGAGGUCGUGCGCGAGUAUAGCAAGACGGAUAGGAAAGAGGUGGCACCAUAAACCAUACACCUACCCUCCAGAGUGCCCAGCCCUUGGUACAAAAGCAUUUUAUUAAACGAAUUAAAUAAUAUAAGUUUUAUAUCUUAAACUAUACUUAUUCUUUUAUCCAU